GCCACAAUAGCCGGGACAGCUCUGUAGAGAGCACAUUAGAACGUUUAGCAGAGCCGCCGGGAUACUGCCAAGCUGAGUCUGAGUGCUGGAUACAAAAGAUCCCGAGGGAUGCCCAUUAGCUUUUAGCGACACAGAACCAAACCAAAAAAACAAAACCGACCGAAGCUACAAACAUUAAACAGACCGGAUUUUACAUUACCAGUCACACAGGCUACGUUUUCUGAGCGACAGGGAUCUUUUGUCAGCCCACGUGAGAAAAGUGGAUUCGUUUUUAAGGUGUGUCGGGAGAGCUGGCUGUUGUCAGAAGGCAAGGAGAAUACUCCGGCGAAGAUUAAGAUGAGGAAGAGUAGGAGCGUGUUGACAGUGUCACCAAACAAUGACAGUAAAGAACCUCCUGACUGUGGGAUGGCUGAGUCCUUCACCUCUUCUACCUGCACACUUGGGGUGGACCUGCGCAGGGGUCGCCGCCGGUUCUCUGGCACCCUUCAGCUGCCGCCGCUGUCAUGGCGACAGGCAGAGAGGUCACGCACGCCCGAUGAUGAGUACAUGACCCGACCCACCUCGCUACCCUUCGCUGCGCCCCCACGCAUUGACAUCACCCCUGUAGACCCAGACUGCUUUGAUGUGGAGAAUGGCCCAUCCGCCAGCUGCAGUCCACUGGACCCGCAGGCCUCACCGGGCUCUGGCCUGGUUCUGCACACCAACUUCCCGGGCCACAACCAGCGGCGGGAGUCCUUCCUCUACCGCUCGGACAGUGACUACGACCUCUCGCCAAAGUCCAUGUCGAGAAACUCCUCCAUCGCCUCCGAGCUGCACGGGGAUGAUCUGAUCGUCACACCUUUUGCUCAGGUUCUUGCAAGCCUUCGAAGUGUAAGAAAUAACGUCACCGUCUUGACCAAUGUCCAGUGUGCCUCCAACAAGAGGUCUCCUGUGGGGACUCAACCCAAUAUCACCAGAGUCUGCCUGCCAGACGACUCCUACCAGAAGCUGGCCAUGGAGACCAUGGAGGAGUUGGACUGGUGUCUGGAUCAGCUGGAGACCAUCCAGACGUACCGGUCCGUCAGCGACAUGGCCUCCAACAAGUUCAAAAGAAUGCUGAACCGGGAGCUGACCCACCUGUCUGAGAUGAGCCGAUCUGGCAACCAGGUGUCUGAGUUCAUCUCCAACACCUUCCUAGACAAGCAGAACGAGGUGGAGAUGCCCUCACCCACGGCGAAGGCCCGGGAGAAGAAGAAGAAGCAGCAGCUGAUGACUCAGAUUAGCGGAGUGAAGAAGGUGUCUCACGGACCCAGCCUUUCCAGCUGCAGCGCGAUCGCCCGAUUCGGAGUGAAGACGGACAAGGAGGACCUGCUCGCCAAGGAACUCGAGGACCUGAAUAAGUGGGGAUUGAACAUCUUCACCGUGUCAGAAUACUCCCACAGCCGGCCUCUCACCUGUAUCAUGUACGCCAUCUUCCAGGAGAGGGACAUGCUGAAGACAUUCAAGAUCCCGACGGACACGUUUGUGGCCUACAUGAUGACACUGGAGGACCACUAUCACUCCGACGUGGCGUACCACAACAGCCUGCACGCCGCCGACGUGGCUCAGUCCACACACAUCCUGCUCUCGACGCCUGCAUUGGACGCCGUCUUCACAGACCUUGAGAUCCUCGCCGCCAUCUUUGCUGCUGCCAUCCACGAUGUGGACCAUCCAGGAGUGUCCAAUCAGUUCCUCAUCAACACAAAUUCUGAGCUGGCCCUCAUGUACAACGAUGAGUCAGUCCUGGAGAACCAUCAUCUGGCUGUGGGCUUUAAGCUGCUACAGGAGGACAACUGUGACAUCUUCCAGAACCUCCCAAAGAAGCAGAGACAGUCCCUCAGGAAGAUGGUCAUAGACCUGGUACUGGCUACAGACAUGUCCAAGCACAUGAGCUUACUGGCAGACCUUAAAACCAUGGUUGAGACGAAGAAAGUGACUAGUUCUGGAGUGCUGCUCCUGGACAACUACACUGACAGGAUACAGGUCCUGCGGAACAUGGUGCACUGUGCCGACCUGAGCAACCCCACCAAGUCCCUGGAGCUGUACCGGCAGUGGACAGACCGCAUCAUGGACGAGUUCUUCCACCAGGGCGACCGGGAGAGAGAGCGUGGCAUGGAGAUCAGCCCUAUGUGCGACAAGCACACCGCCUCUGUUGAGAAGUCUCAGGUGGGCUUCAUCGACUACAUUGUGCACCCCCUGUGGGAGACGUGGGCUGACCUGGUGCACCCCGACGCACAGGACAUCCUAGACACUUUGGAGGAUAACAGGAACUGGUACCAGAGCAUGAUCCCUCAGAGCCCCUCACCCCCUUACGACACUGACAAGGAUGGCCAGGGCGUGGGCGGCGGCGCUGGGGACAAGUUCCAGUUUGAGAUGACCCUGGAGGAGGAGGACUCAGAGGGGACGGAGAAGGACGAACAGAGUCAGGGGGAUGAGGAGGAGGAGGAAGAGGAAAGAGAGGAAGAGGACAGGGAAGAGCCCAUGGAACCGGUCACCACGCACAUUGAGAUCGUCACGCACGACGCCUCACCCGUGGACACAUAGGACCUGCUCUUUGCCUGCCAGUCGCUUAAACAUGGCCGACACGGGUCUUUCACGUUUUCCUUUAUCAAGAGGAAAGGAAAUCUUGCUUAAAAGGCAAUGUUUUUUGAGAAGCCCAAAAGGGGGCGUGCAUUUGAGUCCCAUUUGGUGAGGGGUAAGAGUCACACCCCAUCCAUGCACUUGCUUUUGGAGCCAGAGAUGGACAGUUUCCGUGGGAACGACCACAGAGCUCUCAGGAAGAAAAAUGCUGCAGACAUUUUGGACCUGAUUGAUUGAUUGACAAGUGACUUGGGGAUAAUGAAGGAUUGGGGCCAACCAAAUGACGUUUGUUUCCAUUCAGACAAGCGUUAGACGUGUUGACACUACUGAAAGAGAGGAGUUUUUGUACCAAGUGACUUUUUAUCAAGCUAACGGGAUGUCAGGAGGUAGCAAAAUGAACUACUGACAAGCGCGUUAUUUGUAAAGACAGAAACUGUUCACUUUUUUCUGUACCAUUUGUCUACAGACUUUGUGUGCCUUUUUUACUAUUGUCUUUUUAAGAGUCUUUUUUAUUUAUUGAACACACUUUAGUAAAAAUGUACGUGAAAUGUCUUUGUUUUCUAAGGAAAAACAGCUUCAGAGUAGAAUUGUUUUGUAUUUCAGCAGAAAAAGAGAUUUCAGUGUCUUCCUACGAUAUUAGGCAAUAUUAAGAAUAAUCCAAACAUUAAACAAGCAGUCAUAGUCUAAAUUUUCCCAUGAAAUGUGCACUUUCUCUCACCUUUUUGUUGUUUUGUUUGAGUUUUUAAUAUGUACACAAUCCUUACGUUUGUGUGGAGAUCUGUAAGGCUCUUAACUCAGAACCCUUGUUAGCAGACGUUAUGUCUGCACAGAACGAAGGCCCAAAACCUAUUCAAAAAUCUUUGAUUUGAUUUGUACACAUUUCUGCUCUGUCAGAAGUGUUGUGUAACACCCACAGUAUGACCAAUUCGAUCCAGUAGCCAGUACCAAUGGAAAGUCUGAGUCAACAAACGACACGUUUGGCAAAGAUGGGUUGCUGGCAGGAGGUUGGGGAGCGCGGUCAGUCUAAUCAUGUCAUCUGCGCUUCAUCUUCAGUCAGGCCAAAGCUAUUUUCACUUCAAAGGUUUUUUGCCACUUAAUACUCAUCUUGUUAGUCCAAAACAAUAGACACAACCUCGCCCUCCCUCCCCCUGGUGAGAUCUGACCAUGUAAGACCUGCUGCUGCCCCACUCAGAAUCGACUACCAUAAUCCGGACUAAAGGAUCCGAGCCAACCUUAACUGUCAGAGCAGAGACCUUUGGUGUGAUGGCAAGCAGCUUUCAUGUCAAAUGGAAUGGGCUUAAAAAGGCCUGGUUUGCAUGAAGAGGUGAGCAGCUUGUCGUGUGUGUGUCGUGAAAGAGCUUCAGGAAGAGACCCCUCAAGCGCCACCUCUUUGUACUGACCUCCUGCCAUUACCGUGUGUUGCCUCAUGCUAUCCCUGGACUGCUAAUUACGAUGAAAUUAAACUAAUUAGAAAUUAGACAUUGAGAUGAAAUUAAAGAUCGCACUAUUCUUUAGUGUACAAAUGUAACUGAAGUGAAUAACGACACACUCCCUUUCAAAGCUACAGAAACAUAUAUCGAACAAAGACAGAUUCGAUUUGAAAUACUGGAGUUUAGUUUCUUUUCAUUUUUGGUCCUCAUUGAGGUUUGUAUCCCCAAUGACGAUAAGUCAUGAUCCAAUCCAAAUUUGAUUUGUUCUUCAUGCUCUAUGGUACUUAAGAUACCCUACUCUAUUUCACUCAAGCAGAAGAAAAUGAAGGCCUAUAUGGCAUUUUCACCAAUAUGUAUGUAUGUACUGUGUGUGUGUGUGUGUGUGUGUGUGUGUGUGUGUGUGUGUGUGUGUGUGUGUGUGUCUGUGUGUGCAUUCGUGUACACGACUUCACCCCAUAUGUAUCAUCAGCCCAUGUAUUUUUCAACUUUGUCCGGUUUGUCACGCAAGCUCCCAUCGGUCCUCUUGCUGUUUAUAACAGUAUAUUUAUUAUUCUAGGCUGUAAAUAAGAAUGAUGUUUCAUUGUAAAUCUAUUUUAAUUUAUAUGCACUUGCAUUACCGGAGAGUGGUGGUGUUACAUGUGUAGUGGACUCAGAGUUUGAGUCCAACUUCUUUUUUUAUUUUAUUUGGUAAGAAAUUGUUUUGUUUUAUAUAUAAAUAAAUAAAUAUAUAUAGAUAUAUCUAUAUGAAUAUAUCGCACAAUGUCUGACUGCUUCAAUCAGCAGCAUUUAAAGGCAUAUGUUAACCAGUGGCUGGAAUUGCACAACGCUGGCCAAGGUAGUGGCUUCAUGCAGAGUGGCUUGGUGUCAGGACAGGACAGGACAGGACAGGACGCUGGGAUGCCCAGACAUGGCACUCCAGCAUUUUGAAGAAGGCAUUUUGAAUGCAGACUGCUGAUAGAGUUUUGGUUGAAACAGUUUGAAAAAAGAAAACGGCAAUCUCCUCACACACGCUCCGUGUCAGUCAGACUGAGGGGACAUAUUGGCAGCAUGUCACAUUAUUUCUAGAGCACCAAUGUGAAUUGAUAUAUUACAAAAAAAUGUGAUUAUCUGUAAUUAUUUGUGCUAAUGUGAAACUAUUUUUUCUGACCAAACUUGUUAGCAGUUUUGAAAUUCAAAUUGUCAGUAUAACGUUGUUCAAUCUAUGUUCAAUCUUUUGGUCCGAGUUGUGUCCAAAUGACUAGCCCGAGUUAGCACUAUCUGCAUGACAGACGGGUUUUCUAUGUCUGUUAAAAUCCCGCAUUGUUGCAGGUGGAUAUUCAGUGUUUCACACAAUGUAUGGUAUAAUAUUGUAUAUUGUGUUCAAUAAAAUCUGAAACUACUUUUCUAUGAAGUGAUUAAAAAAGAAAGCAUGAAUAUA